CCAGUGUGGCGACAAAGCAGCAGCAGCAGCAGAACCAACGCUGUGUAGUUUCGAAUCUUUCUGAGGACAGAACCGCUGGCGACCCAGUGGAAAAGUGCCGCCGGGUCCUGAUCCCCGAACCCGGCUCCCAAGGAAAUCCCAUUCAGAAUAUGAAUCCGGUCAGUGGGCACAAUACCCUUCCGUUAGCACCCCGGAGUGACGGCAUGCCUCGGAGUCAGAGUUCGCGGAGCACGACCGGAUCGAAGCAGCACCAACACGCCAAACACUUCAUCACUCAGACCAAGAAGGGAGGUUUCACGUCGUACAUGGCCAGUCGAGUCAACGAUCUACCCGAAGAUAUUCUCAAAGAUCGGGCCAUACCAACUUCUGCACACGAAGACCACAGACGUAGAACGAUUAUAGUCAACCGGGACAGGUCUCAAGGAGGCUCGUUUGGAUUCACGCUCCAAACCUACGGCAUACGCCAUAAAGAUGAUUCGAAAAUCGAGCUGAUCAGCUACGUAGACUCCCUGGAACCUUACGGACCCGCUGCCAAAGCCGGAAUGCGAGCCGGAGACGUGAUUCUAUCAAUUAACGGAGAAGACGUCGAGUCGGUUGACCACAAUCGGCUCAUCCAAAUGAUCAAAGCCUGUCCCCAGUCGAUGCGAAUCGUAGUAUUGUUCGAGAAUUGUGUCCGAAGAGUCGCCCUCCAUGCAAAGCUUUUGGAAUUGAAACGUUCCUAUCAACAGAAAAUAACCGAGUAUAAUCAUUACGUGGAAGCCGAGCGCAAUAUUCUCUUGACUUUGCGGAACAAAGGCGUCGAUAUACAGCAUCUCCUCAAAGGAUCAUCGGAACUUCUACCGUUGUCUUCCGCAAGCACAGAUGUUCUGUUCCCUUUUAGGAAGCAUUCGAAGAGCUUCAACAGAUUGAGCGUCUCACACUCAAAGUCGGAGUCCCGCCUGCUCUCAGACUCGGCGACCAAUCUCGCAAGCUCAUCGACCACCAGGAGUCGGCCCAUAAAAGACACAUCGGCUUCCUGCUCUACUCUUCCACGACUUGGCGGUAGACGGAGUUCCGCUCGAAGUCUCCCGACGUCAUCUGCUGUGACGCCCGUCGGCUCUCUUGAUGGAUUGGAACAAGGCGGAAUCCAUUUCAAGGCGCACCGGACGUGCAGCACAGAUUUCUCUGACAACGGGUCAACCGAUGGAGGACUAUCAUCGACCGAGGAACUCGACGACGAGGAUGGACCUCCGCCGGCAAAACCUCCGCUACCGCCGAAAGCCAAGCAUAGCCAAAAUGCUACGAAAUCGCUUAGCAGCACAGACAUUCCCCCCUCAUUACCGCCAAAGCGCUCCCAGCAGUCCGCACCUCAGUUCAGAUCUGAUGUGGUCACAAGACUGUAACUCCCCCUUGGCCCUACCGAGCUUAUGCACUUUUCUCACAUGACUCACCUCAACUUUUUGAUACUAUCAAUCAGAGCCUUGUGCGUUCCAGCUCCGUACGGCGGAAAGAACUCAGCGUGAAUUUCUGGAGGAAUCGUGCGAGAGAUGAUCUCCCGAAGGAGGAAUGCUCACAAAAUACCCCUUCCCAAAAGAAUCAAAUCCAGGGUUUUAUUAUGCUUUCAACAAAGUCAUGUGGAAAUCUAGGGCGUUCUGAGCCGGAUCCCUAGCCCACCGAUGGUCA